GUUUCACUUCUGCUUGUGUGAAUGUGGCUUGUGACUGCAGCCACAAAGGGCUAUAUACCCCAGCUGGUUCCGCAUAUCUCUACCAAGGUGGAGAAACUGCCACCAUCCCCUCUGUGGACUCCUAGAGCCAAAGCAGAAAAAGUGACAUCUGGCUGGUUCUCCUAAGUGGACAAAAGCAGACGUUUGCCUAUCAGGAAAUGGAAGACACUGAGGAUUUUGUGGGUAAGAGGCCACAUCCAGUUGACGAUGAUGUAUUUAAAGAACCAAUGAAAAAAAGAAAACGUUCAGAUAGAGACCAGCGGUUCCGCGCAUUUCCCUCUGUGGAACAAAGUGCUCUUAAGGAAUAUGAAAAAUUAGAGUCACGGACCAGAAGGGUUUUGAGCAACACUUAUCAGAAACUUAUUCAGUCUGUCUUCCUGGAUGACAGCAUUCCUAAUGGAGUCAAAUAUCUCAUAAACAGGCUUCUUGCCUUGAUUGAAAAACCAUCAUUGGACCCAAUCUACAUUGGAUUAUUCGGAAGCACAGGGGCUGGGAAGAGCUCCUUGAUCAACGCUAUCAUCCAGCAAGCAAUGUUUCUACCAGUAUCUGGAGAAAGUAUAUGUACGUCAUGUAUUGUACAAGUGAGCUCAGGCUGCUGUGAGCAGUAUGAGGCUAAAAUCCACCUUCUCUCGGACCAGGAGUGGAAGGAGGAGCUGAAGAACUUGACUAAACUCCUGCACAGGACAGAGGAACCAGACAGAGAAGAGGCAGACGUGUGGGACAGGGAUGACGCUGUGGAGGAAGCCAUCUGGAAGCUACAGAUGUUUUACGGAAAUGGAGCGGAAAGAAAGAGCUAUGAAGAGCUACUGAGGGCAAGGCCCAAAGGAAAGAUUCCCACCUCCAGAAUCAUCACCCUCAAGGCAGAAGAGGCAGGAGAGCUGUCUGUCAAGCUGGACCCCUACAUCCGGACUCAGAGGAGAGACUUGGAUGGAGAGUCAGCUGAGACACAAAUUUGGCCCUUGAUCAAACACGUGGAAGUGACUCUUCCCAAAUCAGAGCUGAUUCCAGAAGGCGUUGUGCUGGUGGACAUCCCAGGCACAGGCGACUUCAACAGCAAGAGGGAUGAAAUGUGGAAAAAGACCAUUGAUAAAUGCUCAGUGAUCUGGGUGAUCAGUGACAUUGAAAGAGUUUCUGGAGGGAGAGCCCAUGAAGACCUGCUGAACGAGAGCAUCAAAGCCUGCCAAAGGGGCUUCUGCAGAGACGUGGCACUGGUGGUCACCAAGACCGACAAACUCCACCUGCCAGAAUAUCUGAGGGAAAGAAAAGUGAGAAAUGGAGAUAUUUUGAGUCAGCGGGAGGCUGUUUUAGAAAGAAAUGAAAUGAUAAAACUACAAAGGAAUAGAAUUCUCAAGGAAAAGCUCAAGAGAAAACUGCCCGGUGACUCCAAGGUUCUGGAGGCUUCUGACCUGGUGUAUACAGUCAGCGCCCAGGAAUACUGGCAGCAGGCUCUCCUCACUGAGGAGGAAACUGAAAUCCCCAGGUUAAGAGGCUAUAUCCGGAAAAGACUCCUGGACAAGAAGAGGAGGAUGGUGACCAAGUAUGUGACUGAAGCCUUUGGUUUAUUGCUCCUCACAGACAGUUUCAACUGCAUGGAAAACCCGCCGAAUGAAUACUUGCACAUGAGUGGCCUGCGGAGAUUUGUGGAAGAAAAGAUACAGCUGCUGGAGAAGGCCAUUGACCAGUGCUUUGCCCACAUAGAGCAGCCUCUGCAAGAAGGAGUCCAAAAUGCCAGGACUUCCUACCGACGGAUCCUUGGGGCAUGCCUGGUGAGGAGUAGAGGAAACCAGGGCUUUCACCAGACUCUGAAAGCUGUUUGCCUGAAAAAUGGCGUCUAUGCCUCCAGGACCCUCGCAAGAAUAGAUCUGAAUGAAGCCAUCACUCAGCCCAUCUAUGACCAGAUUGAUCCCGUUUUUGGAGGCAUUUUUAGAGCUGGAAUGCCCACUGGUUCCACUUUGCUGCCUCACAUAGAAGCUUUUAAGCACUCCCUGCAGGAGAAAAUGAUGGAAAUUGGAGUAAGAAAUGGCUGGAAAUAUGAAAGCUACAAAAAAAGUUUCCUGAUCCAGGAGAUAAGCGCCAUCCUGGGAGGCCUAGAGGAUUACAUCCUCAGAAAGAAGAGGAGGAUCUAUGAAUCUCUCACCACUUCUGUUCAGAAUGACCUGAAGCCCUGUUAUGAAGAGGCAGCUCAGAUCGCUGGCAAAAAAGCCUGUGAGAGGAUGAAAGAUGUCCUCAGAAGAGGGGUGGAGCGGCAGGUGGCCGAGGGCAUGUUUGAAAGGGCUCAAGAAAGGAUGCGGCACCAAUUUCAGCUACUGAAGAAUGGAAUCACGGAGAAAGUGAAGGGCAGUAUCGCCACCAUGCUGACCCUCGCUUCAUCCCAGGGGGAUGGUCUCUACAAGGAACUUGCAGAUGUCAAAAGUGAAUACAAGGAGAUGGAAAAGCUACACAGAAGCCUGAAAGAGGUUGCUGAAAAUGCGGUGCUGCGGAGAGGCAUGCAAGAUUUCCUUCUGAGAAUGUCCCCAAGCAAAGCUGUUCCCCACAAAGCCUAAAUUUAAUUCUCAGGGCUUAGCACCAAGUAGAUGAAAAAUAAGCUUGGUGCCAAAGAACCAGAAUCACUUCUGUUUUUAAAAAUCUAAUAAAGAACAUCUUCCAAU